UUUUGCUUUUUAAUAUAGACGUAACUGUCGUACUAUAAUGGCUGCUCAAAUGAUACAAUCGUUGUUAUAAUUUAUUUACGUGUAAUGAAGAUCUAUGAAUUGAUUUAUAAGAUAUCAUAGCCGAUCAUUUUUAAUAGUCGAAUUGUAUUAUUACCUGGAGUUUUAGGAUGAGUGCAACUUUACCUCCACAAAAGAUUGAAAAAUUGCAGCAAAUAUUAAUAAUUGAACCAGAAAAUGAGCUGGUGUUUCGAGGUCCUUUCAAAGAUGUUGUUACCACAAUUCUAAAGUUAAAGAAUCCCUCUGAUAAAAAGGUUUGCUUUAAGGUCAAAACAACUGCUCCAAAGAGGUAUUGUGUUCGUCCAAAUUGUGGUCUUAUUGCACCGGAUGCUUCUGUUAAUGUAGCAGUGAUGCUGCAACCAUUUGACAGCAAAGAUUCAGCUGAAGUUCGAAAGCACAAAUUUCUUGUACAGUCUAUCUUUCCUACUGAUGAUGUUGCUGCUAGUGAUGUUGAGGCUUUAUGGAAAAAUUUACCAAACAAAUACCCAGUGAUGGAUUCAAAAUUAAAAUGUGUUUUUGAGCUUCCUUCUGAUGAAAAUGCUACUGAAAAGGAAUCUGAAGUUCUUGUAUCUCCUGGAAACAACUCUCAAGAGAAGCCUACCCCAGUUACCACAGCAGCCAAAGAAUCUGUAAGCAUGCCAGCUGCCAGUUCAACUCCAUCAACAAAAGAUACCCAUGAAAAUAAACCUUUGGAACCCAAAGUUGUAUUUAAAUUAUCUAAAGAUCCUUCUACUCCAGUAAAAGAGCAACCUCCGCAAUCGUUUGCACUUUCGCCAUCUAUUCCGAAAAAGACAAAUUCAAAUGAACAUGAACACUUUCGUGAACAUCAUUCUUUAUCUACGAAGGAACCCAGUUUUCUUCCUAUGUCAAUGAUUAUCGGAAUGAUUCUUGCUCUUAUAAUUGGAAUAAUAAUUGGCAAGUUUGCUUUGUAAUAGAAUGUAACCUUAAAUUAUAAUAAAUAAUUUUUUUUCU